GCUUUUAUUUUGAAGGCGGCCCUGCGGUCAUACCUGUGUGACAGCCAGCAGGUUACAGCCCGUCUGAGUCUACGUGGAUAAACUGGACUUCGACGUCGAAAAGGAGGGAAGUUGAUUGACUACAGUACUUUAAAGUUGUCUCUCCAUCGAGCCGGACAGUGUGUGAGUCGGGUCGGCCGCACAGAAUGACUGACCUGGUCGUCUCCGUGGCGGUGCUGGGGGCUGCGGUGCUCCUCAGUGAGGUGCUCCGCCGGACAGCAGCGAGGUUUUCCCCCGGAGAGUACUGGACUUACCUGUUAGAGGCGGCAUCCACCUUCCAGCUCUGCUGCUGCACUCAUGAACUGAAGCUGCUGGGAGAGACGGCCGGGCUGGAGCUGCCUGUCGGCCUGACUCUCACCUACUUCAUGACCGUGGUCCACUUGAUGACUUUCAACGGAGCGUCGUGUAAUCCCAGCGGGGCUUUGGAGAGUGUUUGCCGGGGAACCAGCACCAUCCGGGCUGCUCUUGUCAUCAUAGCCUGCCAGUUCGGAGCUGCGGUCGCGGCGCAGUAUUUCGCAGCCUCCGUGUGGACUCUGGGUCUGUCCGACGUCCACAUCAGACAUCAGAGAUUCGGGUUCAGAUGCUUUGACCCCAUCAGUGGGACCUUACUGGAGGCCGCAGCCGUGGAGAUGGCCUGCGCCUUCACGAUCCAGGCUGCAGCCAUGCAUGUUCACAAAGUGGACGAAAAACUUCGAGUUCACUUCAUCGCUGCAGUCAUCACCGGCCUGGUUUAUGCAGGUGAGUGAAUUAAAGACGUUUUAAGGUGGUAAGGGUUGAAGUAAAGGUCAUUAGAUUGGAUUGGACAUCCACACGCACUCAAAGUAGGGGAGAGUGGGGUAAGUUGAGCCAAAGGGUAAGUUGAGCCACCUCCUGUUGCUUGAAAAUGGUAAAAGAAAUUGAUCAUGUGACCAAAUAUUUAGGAGAUGGACAUCAAUUCAUGGAGUCUGUGAAGGUCAGAAGCACAUGGGUGAAGGGGUUAGACAUUUAUUUCCAAAAAAAAAAAAAAAACAUUUUUCACUCUUGAAAGUGAAUUUAGUCUGUCACAAGUUUUAAUAGAAUUGUGUUCAGACCAAAAAAAUCUUUUUAAAUCUGUUUUAUACAUCAAUUGUGGUAUCUGUGAGCUACAACAUGAAGUCAAAAACCGAGUGUAAAAGUCCACCAUGUUAGCUUAGAGGACUAAUAAAGUCAUUAUAGUAGUUCAGGGGUAAACUGAGUAGUAGGGAUAGGCUCAAUUUACCCCGCUCCUAUGACCAUAGGAGACCACUUUUUUUGGCAUGCUAUAUUAUCAAGACAGUUAUGUUUACACUCAUUCUGUUGGUUUGCAGGGAUGCACAACAUCAUAUGCAGAUACACUAGUUAGAGACAAAACUAUGAUUGCCUUGAUGUAGUGAUCUGAAAUGUGAAAAAAUGGCUCAUCGUACCCCACUCUCACCCUUUGCCAUCCUGGAGAUGGAAAGAAAUGACAGUAAUUUUAGUAAUUUUAAAAUAAUGUAAGCACUGCAGCUGUUAUUUUCAAUGAGAGACCUGUCCGUCUAAGUCAGUUUUUAAGAUUUAUUCUUAAAUAAAAAAUAUAAAAAAAGGUUUUUGAACAUAAAAAACGAUUUAAAAAUUGUAAAACAGAAAAUGGCGAUACUUAUGUGAAUCGAUUUUUUCUCCCACCCCUACUUGCUAGCCUUCAUGUUGUUUGUUUUGUGCUCUUUUUUGUUACUCUUUUUAGUAUAUUUUAUUUUCAUUUUUUAGUAUACUUUAACACUUCAUCAUUGUUUUAUUUCCUUUUAUUUUUUAUAUCUUGUCAUGGUUUUAUCAGUUUAGCUUCAGCUCCAGUGUUCCCCCAUUUUAGAUAGCAUUUCCUAGGCCCUCUGUGGCUUCCUGUUGAGCCCUGACUUGACUUGGUGUCCCGAUGGUUGUGUGUGUGUGUGUGUGUGUGUGUGUGUGUGUGUGUGUGUGUGUGUGUGUGUGUGUGUGUGUGUGUGUGUGUGUGUGUGUGUGGGUGGAGUUUGUAUUCUAUAUUUUUUUUUAUCCCCUGUGUAUGUGUACAGCACUUUGUGAUACAAGCCAUGUAUGAAAAGUGCUUUAUAAAUAAGGUGAUUGAUUGAUUGAUUGUUUUAUUUAUGAGAUAAUUCAGAGGAGCAGCCUGCAGCUGCCUGAACUAAAAUGAGGGAUGGGGAGCAUUCUUCAAAUUUAUACUUUCACAUAACCUCUAGAGAAAAGUGCAGCAUCUUUUAUCAGCACCACACUAGUCUAAGUCCCAGUUCUCUGAAGCAAUUGUGCAAGAAACCAAGUCUGCUAUAAAGACAGGCUGGCUGAGACAGCUUGAAGGUGUUGAGUGUUAAGAUCUACAAAACGCUUCUUCUAAGUUUGGACUCAGUUUUAUGGGGUAAGAAUAUUUUUGUUUUAAAAUGAGUUAGAUGGUCCUUAACUCUCUGUUUCUCUUUGUGCAGGAGGAAGUAUCUCAGGAGCCAUUUUUAACCCGGUCCUGGCCUUCUCGGUCCAGUUCCCCUGCAGUGGUCAUACUUAUCCGGAGUAUUGUUUUGUGUACUGGCUUGGACCGUUCUUGGGUAAGGAGGGAGACUGGCUAUUUCCCUUACUUUCAGUCGUAAUACCAAACUUAAUCAACCAGUUUGUGGUUGUAGCCCUGUCUUCAAAUAUACUGUAUGUCCUCUGUUAAUGUCGGGUUUUUAAGCAUUUGUCCUCUCUUUAAACAUGUCUCAGGUAUGGCGAGCUGCAUCCUGCUGUUUGAGAAGAUCGUACCUUUCCUCUCAGGGAAGAGCACCAUCGGACUGGAUGUCCCUGCUGCCCCGAAACAGAAGACCCAGUAGGGGUAACACAAGGACGCGCCAAAUCACUCUUCCAUCAGUGUGUGGGUGUUUCAAAGUCUUUUUUUCUCGCGUGUGUCCUUUCAAGUGUUCGUAAGUGUGCCAAAGCCCAAAGAGUGAAUUUUGACUCUGAGUGAUGCACAUGCUGCGUGUUCAGUGCUGCUUUACCUUCAAUCAAUAAGUCCAAGUGUUCAGUAAACACAGAAGACAAACAAGCUAAGCUAACACAAUCAUGAAUGUAAGAAUGCAAAUUGUUUGUUCACUUGUAAACUAACAGCACAAAGUAGGGCAAAGUUUAGAUACGGGACAUUUUUGGGAUGUUUUCUUGUUAUUGAUGCAAAGUGAGGUUGAGGAAUGAUUGGUGUGAGGAAAACAGUCAAUAACUGGACACAUAGCUCUUCAGAAGCCUUCUGCUCAAACUCAAGACAGCUAUUAAGUUCAUGGUGAAAAAACAGCUUUUUGUAACUUAUAUUUUGUGAAUCAUCAGGGGCAGCACAGAGACAUAGAAACUGAUAUAGUUAGGAUCGAUAAAUCAGUCAGACUGUAUUUGUACUAAAAUUUUCAUCACUGAAUGUCGCACCAAGUGCUUUACAUGAAAUGAAGAUCAUAAAAAUCAACCAAAACUACACAAGCAAAGCAAACAAACAACCAAUAAAACAAUCAAACAUGAUAAAGCACAUGAGGGACUGAGGACAUGCUAUCAUGAGUCCAUAAAAACGAAACUCCAGAGGUCAAGAUAGCAGAUUGAGAAUGCAAUGAAUAGAAUAAUAAAACUCUAAAAACUGAAUAAGUAAAUGAAAAAAGAAACCAAAGAUAUAAAAAAACACUUCAAGAUAAACACUAAUAAAACAAUCGGCAUGACAGACUGAAACUUAGAUAAAUAAGUACAUGAUAAACUCAGGUAAGAGUGAAACUAAAAGGGCAGGUCUUGAUAGUAUUAAGUGAUAAUAGCAAAUCUGAUAAUUAGGUCAGUACAAGACCGUGAAGAGCUCUAAUAACCCAGAAAAGAACCAGGAUACAGGAAGCUAAUGCAGAGACUUUCAAUCAGUGUGAUGUGGUUUACAGCAACUGAGGUUGGAGGAUGUACUCUUUAGGAUCUGAUAAGUCAUUGCACUUUAUAUUGUAAGUGUAAAAUUAAACUGUGAUAAAAGCACAUUUUCUCCAAUGAAGGCCUCAUAUAUGCAGAAAAGAACAUACUCUUUGUUUUUUAUAACACUGUGUAUAUAUACAGAUAGAUAUUGCAGCGUCAUGUGUUCCCAAAAUGGUGCAGAGCUGAUGUGAACCAUCAUGAAAAACUGAUCGGGUGUAAAGAGCGAGAUCAGCACUUUGACUGAUCCUUGAAACACAGAAAACUCAACCCAAGCUUUUUAUUUUUUUGGUGAAUACUAAAGAAUCUUCCACAGAGUAAUGUUAUUUUUUCCUAGUGAUUAUGACAGGAGAGGGACUAAAGCCUUUAUAAUAAAGGUAUGGUGCGAAAUUAAGGUUUCAGCGUUGUAAAGAAAUAGAGAUAAUUCGUAUCUCUGACUUACUCAGUACAUGAGUUAAGAUUCAACCUCCCAGUUAUGGCUGACCGUAGGCUGUUAUUGCGCAGCAGGAAUUAAAUGCAGCAUUAGAGCCACGUAAAGGAUGAGAUUGUGAGAAUGUAGAUGUAAUUUUAUGAGGAUAAAAUAUAAAUUAAAGUUGUAAAUUUAUAAGAAUACAGCAGUUUUAUCAUUGUUAAGCUUUAAUGUAAUGAGAGAAGAGUUGUUUAAACAGGCAACAACAAGUAAUCUAUAUGAGAAACUACUUUAAGACUAGAUUAUCUUCAACUUUGGCUAUAUUCUUGUAAGUUUGUGACUAAAUUCUCAUAAAUUUACAACUUCUUGUAAUAACGUGACUGAAUUCUUGAAUUCAUAUGACCCUUCCUUAAUGGGGCUCUAAUCUUCUAUCACAUACCUAGUUAUCUACACUGAACAGAUGAAAUAAAGAGUAGAGCUGUAGUUUCUCUAAACAUGUCUGCAGACAUUUCGCCUAAAGCCGUCUCAUACUAAUAACUCAGGAGGUUUUGAAUGGACAGAAUAAAAGAUGCUCUUUCGUAAAUGUAUUAAGAAUAAUCAGAUUUUGAAGUUUCUCGUGUCAAACUCAUUCAUGGUCAGUAAUCAACCAUGGAAACAUUGCUAAAAGGAACUACUCAUAAUGAACUCAGCGUUAUUUCAACUGUGACAAUUUUCCAAGAUGUGAAGAAGUGUGAGCAGAAAAACAAGUCAAAUUCUAGCUUCUAAAUGUUGAAUAAUCCAAAGAUUUUUAAAGGGGUUAUGUGCAAAACUUAUGAGAGGGUAUGUUCUUGACAUAGUGAAAGAAAACUGCACAAGGUUUGGUGGUUUGUUCUGUUUCAGCUGAUUUGAUUCGGGCAUUUGCAAAGCCCUGUAUGUUCACAUGUCUAUAAUCGCACAAAAACACAAGACUACUGUGGAGAAAGUGGAUUUUCAUGUCGGACACGGUGAUGCUCUUCAGUUUUUGCCUUUUUCUCCAAAGUUUUGACCAAAGCUGGAUCUUUACAUUUCCUGUAUGAAUCAUGUUUUCUUAUGUGUUGAUGAAGCUGAUUAUUUACUCAUUUUUCCUCUCUGUUGAAUCUUCACAACAUCAAUUUCUCUGUGAACCAAGAACCGCAUUUUACAACUUAAAUACCUCUAAAUAUGCGUUUUGUCUGAUAGUACUACAUGUAUGAUCUCUUGAAAAAUAUACAAUAUGUUUUCAGAUGAUAUUAUAGUGUGUGAAUUCAUAUUUAAUGUGCUACAUGAAAUGUUUUUAAUAAAAAUUAAUACUUGAAUAAGA